AUGGAGUGCCCAAUGGAUACUACAGCAAGCAACGCCGCCCUGGUUAUAGAAUUCCACAACAUAGUGAAUGAUGCUGCUGCCCCGCGUUCUCCCUCGCCGGAUCCAGAAGCUGAACUUAUGAAGCGCCAUUUCUCUGGAGAAGAAGCCGUAGGGCAAUUCCCCCUAACCGCGAGCCCAUCCAUUCUCCUCCAUGUGCUCUCAUCCUCUGACCUGGAUCCUAAAGAUCUUGCUGCUUUGGAGGCUACAUGUAAAUUCUUCAGAAACCCCGCAAAGUUCCCACCAGACUUGGAAUUAUCACUUCCAGAACUUGCAGCAUUCGACAUGUGCCAGCAUAGGCCCAUGUUUAACCUAAUGAAACCGGAAGAGAAGGAGUGGCUGAAGCAACGGUGCGGGGGCUCUUGGAAGCUUGUUCUUGGAUACAUUUUGGUCGGCGAGAAGAAUUGCCGCUGCGGGAAAUCUCAGGUCAAUGCUGGACCAGGCCACAGCAUUGUGGUCACCGCAAGUGGGGCCGUAUACUCAUUUGGCAUGAAUUCCUCGGGCCAGCUUGGCCUUGGGGACACAGAAGACAAGUUCAAGCCAUGCCUUAUCAGGUCUCUGCAAGGCACCAGGAUCACGCAUGCCGCGGUUGGAUCGAGUCGAACAAUGCUUGUGAGGGACACGGGAAGUGUCUACGUAUUUGGAAUCGACACCUUUGGGGGCUAUAGCUUGAAUGGAAUGCCUGCUACUGACUACGUUAACAGUCCCAAGGUAGUGGAGUCACUGAAGGGCAUCUUUGUAGUGCAAGCAACUAUAGGAGGCUUCUUCUCGGCGGUUCUGUCCAGAGAGGGUCGGGUUUAUACUUUCUCCUGGGGCCACGAGGAGAGGCUAGGCCAUAAUACAGAUUCCGCCGAUGUCGAGCCUCGUCUUCUCUCUGGGCCUCUUGAGAAUGUACCUGUUGCGCAGAUUGCUGCCGGCAAUUGUUACCUCCUUGUGUUAGCCUACCAGCCCACCGGAAUGUCGGUGUACUCUGUGGGCUGUGGUCAAGGAGGCAAGCUUGGGCAUGGGGACAAGAACAGCGAGGGCGUCCCUCAGCUGAUAUCACACUUCGAGGGAAUCAACGCAAGGCCAGUGUCAAUCUCAGCCGGUGCUUGGCACGCAGCGGUCCUGAGCAGCGACGGCCGCGUGCUCACCUGGGGAUGGGGUUUCCAAGGCUGCCUAGGACAUGGAUACGCCGAAGAAUGCGCGACCCUCCCGAUGGCGGUGGAAAUCUCCAAUGCUGUCCACGUUUCAGCUGGCCAGUACUGCACCUUUGUCAUGACGGAUAAUGGUGAUGUCUACUCCUUUGGGUGGAAGGGAGCCUACAACCUAGGCUUGCAGGACGAGGACGAGGAGGAGAAUCAGGGUGUCCUGUCUCCCAAGUUGGUCGCCUCACUCACCGGGCUAAACGAAAGGUUUGUGCAGAUCAGCCCGACGAAUGCCUAUGAUUGGCACAACAGAAGUACAGGGGUGUCUCAUACGGUUGCCCUCACCGAAUCCGGCAAGGUGUACGCGUUUGGAGGAGGUGGCUCGGGUCAGCUUGGCAUCAAGCUUGCCGAGGGCAAAGAAGCCAUGCCCCCUCUCCAGGUUGACGUCGAUCUCGCCUAG